GGGACACACAACACCUGGUCAUCUACACGAGCCGCUACUCUUUUAUCUUUCUUAGCUUGCAACUACUGACCCCCUACAACGGCUUUCGCUUCCUCCACUUUUGACGCAUUUCGAAGCGAAUCCGACAGGUUCUGCGACGACGACUUCUCCGCGAUACUUGAAUCGCAUCGGUGACGAGGGUUUGAAACACGAGGUAGAGCCUGAACAGUACUCGAUACCAGAAUGUCAGAAGAGGCGUCUGCAGUUCCGCCUGCGCAGAAGGCAUCAUGGACGGGAUUCUUGAAGCAACUUGCUUCGUUCAACGGCGACCUCUCCUCGAUGACCGCUCCUCCCUGGAUUGUCAGUGAUACAUCUUUGACCGAAUUCUCGGCAUACUGGAGUGAGAUGCCCCGCCUGUUGGUUGCGCCUGCACAAGAGAAGGACAAACAAAAGCGCAUGGUUCUCGUACUCAAGUGGUUUCUCAGUACACUGAAACAGCAAUAUGCCAGUCGCAACGAGAAGCUUGGUUCGGAGAAAAAGCCUAUCAACCCAUUUCUGGGCGAGCUGUUCUUGGGCAAGUGGACAGACGAGACCGGCGAGACGCAGCUAGUCUCCGAGCAGGUGUCACACCACCCACCAGUGACCGCAUACAGUAUCUGGAAUAACCAGCACGGCGUUCGCCUGCAAGGCUACAAUGCGCAGAAAGCUAGCUUCUCCACGACGAUUCACCUCAAGCAGGUUGGACACGCGCUUCUGCACCUCGACGCAUUCGACGAGGACUAUCUCAUUACGCUGCCCGCGCUGCACAUCGAAGGCUUGCUGAAGGGGUCACCAUUUGUGGAAUUGAACAAGAGCAGCUAUAUCGUAUCAUCAUCUGGCUACACUGCACGGAUUGACUAUUCGGGUGCUGGGUGGGUAUCUGGCAAGAAGAACUCGCUCUCGGCAAUUGUAUACCCGCAUGGCAAAGAGAAGGACAAGAAGAGCGUCUUGUACAAAGCUGAGGGCAGCUGGACAGACGAAUUCGUCAUCAAAGAUGCCGACAAGAAUGUUGUUCAACAGUACAACGCGAAGAAGGAACCCAAGACGCAGCUACAGGUGGCGGACAUCAAAGACCAGGACCCUCUAGAGACACGGAGAGCGUGGCAGAAGGUUGCCGCGGCCAUUCAAAAGGGUGACAUGAAUACUACACACGCUGAGAAGACCAAGAUUGAGGAGUUUCAGCGAGCGACUCGCAAGAAGGAACAAGCGGAAGGGAAAGAAUGGCAACGCAUCUUUUUCUCGCGAGCAGACAAGCUUCCAGUGUUCGACAAGCUCAUCAAAGAAGUGCCCUACGGCGGUAUUGAACAGGAUCAGACUGGUGGCAUCUGGGUGUUUGACCAGGAGAAGGCAAAGAAUGCGAAGCCGCCGUUCAGCCCACUCAGCGAGGAAUUGAAGAACGGUUUGUAGGCUGGUUGCUUAGGAGGCAAAGAAGGUCGAGGUCUGUGCAGCUGCACGUAUUCAACAGGGUUGUACAUUACAUAGCGAGCAUGGAGUAAGACACGCAUGCUACGACGCAUACGAACACGAGGCGCAGGUAGCAUUGGGUCACUAGUCCUGAGAGAAUGAGUAUCAAAGCAUCUUCCAGCUGUGACUUUCCACGAUGCUGAAAUCGAA